AUAACACUAGUGAGAGUCAAGGCUUUUGGUCUUUGAGAAGGCCUCUGAGCUCUGGCGGUGCUUCGAGGAUCGCCGUCGUCGCCGGAGUUGCUUGGUUUCUCUCUCUGAUAUCUUGAUCUAGAUUCUAUGGCUGCUGCUCCGGCGUCUUCGUCAUCGGUGUUGACGGAGAGGAGGGGAAUCCCGGCGGCUUCCUUUGUGGAGGAUGUCCAGACCUAUCUCACCCAGUCCGGCCUCGAUGUUAACUCCUCACUGUCCUUCCUCCAAGAAAGGCUUCAUCAAUACAAGAUAGUAGAGAUGAAACUUUUAGCACAACAAAGGGAUCUCCAGGCUAAAAUUCCUGACAUUGAGAAGUGUUUAGCUAUUGUGGAUGCAUUACAAGCCAAGAAAGUUACUGAUGAGGCAUUGGUUGCUGAUUUCGAGGUUUCUGAGGGCAUAUAUUCCCGAGCACGAAUUGAGAAUACUGACUCUGUGUGCCUUUGGUUGGGAGCCAAUGUCAUGCUUGAGUACUCUUACGAAGAGGCUAAUGCUCUUCUGAAAAAGAACCUGGAAAAUGCUAAAGCCAGUUUAGAAGUCCUCGUUGCUGAUUUGCAGUUCUUGAGGGACCAAGUGACCAUAACCCAGGUUACCAUAGCGCGGGUAUAUAACUGGGAUGUUCAUCAGCGAAGAAUUCGACAAGCACAAACAGCAAAAGAAACUUGAUUUUCCAAUAACAUGCAUUCCAUUUGGUCUUUUCAAUUUCGAUUAUGUUGAUUGGUAUGAACAAUGACUGUCACACAUUUCGAGCUUUACCAGUUUGUUGUUCGAUCAUUGUAAGUGCAACUCCGUGCUCUUUUAGUUUAAUGCUCAAAACAUAACCAUUUGGUUAUCA